AUGUCCCAUUUUUUACUUUUUAUCUUUAUUUUUAUUUGUAUAUCUUGUUUACUCGUUAUUUCUCAUGCAACAAACAGUGGUUUUAGUGUUGAACUCAUUCACCGUGAUUCUUUAAGAUCACCCCUUUAUAAUCCCACGCAAACUCAAUUUCAAAGAAAUUUCAAUGUUGUGCACCGAUCUAUCAAUCGCGCUAAUUAUUUCUACAAAAAACUUUCUUCUACUAAAAACAAUCUCGGGUCAUAUAUGCCCUCUGAUAACGGCGGUCAGUAUCUCAUGGGUUAUUCAGUUGGUACCCCACCAUUUAAGGUUUAUGGGAUUGUGGAUACAGGUAGUAACUUAAAUUGGCUUCAAUGCAAACCUUGUAAUCCAUGUUACAACCAAACUUCUCCUAUUUUUGAUCCUUCAAAAUCUUCGAGUUACAAAAAUAUUCCAUGCUCUUCUAAAACAUGCAAAUCUAUGGAAAAUACUUCUUGUUCUUAUCGUAGAGAUGCUUGCCAAUAUACAUUGGAUUAUGGUCAUGGAACAUAUACAAAUGGAGAUCUUAGUGUAGAGACUUUUACAUUGGAUACUGCAUCAGGCUCUUUUGUCUCAUUUCCUAAAAUUGUUAUGGGAUGCGGACACAAUAAUGGGAAUUCAAUGUAUAAUGGUCCAAGUUCUGGUAUAAUUGGUUUUGGAAAUGGAGAUACAUCACUAAUAAAACAAUUAGGAUCUUCAAUUGGGGGAAAAUUCUCAUAUUGUUUAAUUGAUGAUUACAAUAGCAAGUCUAAAAGAUCUAGUAAACUCAGUUUUGGAGAUGAUGCUAUUGUUAGCGGUGAUAAUGUUGUUUCAACUCCUAUGGUCAAAAUGAUAGGGAAUUUUACAAAAGACAAUUACUUCGUAACCAUGAAAGCAUUUAGUGUGGGAAAUAAAAGAAUAAAGUAUAAAGGGUUCAAGCGUGUAUGGACAAAUGCUUCUACCGAUAACAUCAUAAUUGACUCUGGUACACCUAUAUGUAUUCUUCCACAUCGUGUUUACUAUAGGAUGGAAUCAGUUAUAAAAAAAAUGGUCAAAUUACCGCGCUUUAAAGAUCCCACAGGUAUAUUUCCCCUUUGUUACAAUACCACAUCAAAACAAAAUUUUCCACCAAUUACAGCACAUUUUAAAGGCGGAGAUGUUAAGUUAGAUUCUCGCGGAAGCUUUUAUUCCCUAGACAAAGGGGUGGAAUGCUUUGCAUUUCGCCCGUAUAAAAAUGGAUUAGGAAUCUUUGGAAAUUUGGCACAAGUGAAUCAUUUGGUUGGUUAUGACCUCAACAAAAAUAUUGUUUCUUUCAAACCCAUGGAUUGUACUAAAUAUUGA